CGGUACAGUCGUUCACGCGAAAUUGUGGAAGCAUCGUCUCCAAGUGAGCCUAACGCUGUUUUGCUCUGCCGAUAUGCUUACCUAGAGGUGAAGUUCUUCGGCGGCAUUAUUGAGUGAUCUUCGCAUCUGAAGUGGUACACUUGCCUCUUCAACUAAUAUCGUCGUGCUCGGGAAGGCUAACUGGCGUUCCAUCGUCUUUGACAUUCGCCAUGCGGCCCCGUGGUACCGGAAGCAACGACAUCGUGGACAAUCUCACGUCGGACAACGAGGACUUCGCCGGCGUUCACAGCAGCGGAAACACGUCCGUUGCGGCCGCCGUAGAAGACGCGCAAGUUCUCGAAGAACUCUCGUUCAGCACGCUAUCGCUGGUGCAGGUAGUCGUGUACUGCAUCCUCUUCAUCGUGGCUGCCGGAGGAAACGUACCCGUGUUCGUCACGUUACUUCGCAACCGGCACCGCAAGUCGCGAAUCAAACUCAUGAUCAUGCACUUGGCCAUCGCCGACCUGAUCGUGACGUUCGUGAUGAUUCCCGUGGAGGUUAUUUGGCGAAUCACGGGUCAAUGGCUGGCGGGUGACCUCAUGUGCAAGCUGAUGCAGAUGAUGCGCGCCUUCGGUCCCUACCUGUCCUCGGCCGUGCUGGUGUGCAUCAGCGUGGACCGAUACUUCGCCGUGCUCCACCCACUCAAGGUGCACAACGCGCACCGCCGCGGAAAGAUCAUGCUCGGCGUCGCCUGGUACGCCAGCCUGGUGUGCAGCGUGCCGCAGGCGGUGAUCUUCCGCGUGAUGGAGCACCCGGCCAUGCCCGGCUUCUACCAGUGCGUGACAUUCGCCUUCUUCGCGGUACCAUGGCACGAGAAAGCCUACAACCUGUUCUGCCUGCUCGCGCUGUACGGAGUUCCCUUGGUGGCAAUAGUGGUCUGCUACUGUCGCAUCAUCUGGGAGAUUCACAAGCAGUCCAAAGAAUCGCAUGUUGAUCAACUAAUGCUGCCGGAGCAACAACAGCCGGGCCGGCUACGCCUUCGUCGCUCUGAUGUCCGGCACAUAACCCGCGCUCGAAACCGCACUCUACGCCUGACCAUCAUCAUCGUGCUCGCUUUCUUCCUGUGUUGGACGCCGUACGUGAUCAUGGUGCUCUGGUACCAGAUCGACCCCGAGAGCGCCAGCAACGUGGACGGCUACGUGCAGUCCUCGCUCUUCAUGUUCGCAGUCUCCAAUUCUUGCGUAAACCCGCUUGUCUACGGCAGUUUCACGUCGAGCUUCCUCAAGGCCUGCUGCCGGGGCUCGUGCUUCAGGGCGCUGAACGCGCGCCGCGGCCCGUACAUGCUCACCCGGAAGCCCUCGAAGCAAACUGUGAACUCGUGGGUACCCACCACACCGAUUCAGAGGGUGGAGUUCACCAGAGACUGCUGCUCCAUGUGUUCCUCGGACGGCCACGACGUCCGUUCUAUCAUAGACCACAACGACGGCCGCACUUGCCACACGCAGCUGGAAGUGAGACACACUUCGGUGACGAUGUGCCGCUCGUCUAUGAAUGGUCACGUGGUCAAGGAAGCCGCGCAGAGCAUAUGAGUGUUGGGACGUGAGACGCGAAGAAGCUGGUUGUUCACGGCAACACCGCCUAAGUUAGACCUCAUCGGCAGCAUUUCUCAGCAUUCCUGUGCUGGUGCUUUCAUCAACUGAGCAGCUUGUUUUCUUUGAGGGCAUCAGUAACGGCGCCGCACGCGAGCUCCUAACAAUAAUGCUUGAAGGAACUGCAAGUCGAAACGCGGAAGAGUGAUAACGGCAUUGUUGUAUUGAAGUAUGAAGGCCCAAUUGAUAAGCCGCUCUUGUCUGGUGCUGCAGUAAGUGCUGAAGCGGAUGUGGCAAUUCACGCGAGCACGAGCUCCAAAGAUCGUCUGUGAACCGUGGAGGAGCCGAACCGCGGCUUUGGUGCGCUCAUUAGAGUGAGCAAGAAAUUUCUCGUAAAUACGUGCAUUCACAAGGUGGGCGAAGAUGUUUAUGGGAUACAUAUUUUUAACCAAAUGCAGUUUACGUGCAGACGAUCGAGUUUUAGGCAUGACGGCGCACACAAAGUAGCGAUAGGCUGCAUUGCGUAGAUAAAACAGUGGUUUAAAUGUUGUUUUUUGAAGGUUCACGAACUAUGUGAGUGCUUUCACUUUUUUGCCAGUACUUUCUUCUCGGCUGUUGUGCCAAACACUCCAGUUUGCUGCCUUUUGACGCCAUCGCUUUGCUGUCGCACGAGCGUGAGUCUGCUCAAGAGAGCCUGCGGAGACCCUCGUUAGCAAUUCCAUGCACAAGGGCUUCUUGAGGACCUGAGGAGGACAAGCAUGCGUUGUGGUGGGAUGCGAUAGCACGAGUAAAUAUUUUGUUAUCGCAAACACUUGUGAGAACACAGCCCCUUAUUGACUGCGGAUGGCCAAAGUUUACUGAGAGUGAUUUAGGUAAACACUUCGAUGAAUAUAAUUUUAUUCUCAUCAGCGCUAAGCUCUUCAAUUGAGUAAGCUUAGUGAAUCGAAUGGCCAAAGGCACUGUGACGUGCUGUAAGCCCUUCGAGAAAACCGGGAAAUCACGUCUUCACAUCCUUGCGGGCUGAAGUAAAACUUGACCUUUUUUAGCUGCUAAUCUGUCCGGGCACUUCACACUGCAGUUCGGCGUCAAGGACUAUGGGGGCGAA